AAAUUUCCAACUUUGACAGGGGUGCUUAUCACUUCCGUUCUGACGUCAUCUAAGUUCCGCCGUCAGACUGGCUGUAAACAAGGGCGACAAAGAUGUAACUCGAGAUUCUUUUCACCGUAGUAAUAUUUUAGAUGCACCCAUGCAAGCAAACUAAUGCGUAAAGUUAUGGCAACACAUGCAGUUCUUUCAUCAACAGCAAACGCGUGGAGGGCUUUGUCCUGUGAGAAGUCAGAGCUGCGAUUGGAUCUUACUCUUGCUUGUGGUCAGUCGUUCCGGUACGUCAGUUAUCAGGCCUGGAGGGAGACGGCAGUCGGCCACUGGACUGGAGUGAUGGGAGGAAAAGUGUGGACUGUUACUCAGACAGAGGACACUUUGUGGUACUGCGUGUACAAACCCAAUGACAGACAAGUGCACAGAGACGUCAAGGCAGGAAAUGGUGGUGUUUCCCUCAAUGAGAAAAACGAGUCACAGGUGAAAUGUAAAGCAGCUGCGAAGGAGGAGGUAGCGACUGCAAACCUCCAGCAUGACGAGGACGAAGCCAUGUUGAGAGAUUACUUCCAACUGAGUGUGAAUUUGAGGCGUUUGUACAGAAAAUGGGGAGCGGCGGACCCCCACUUCCAAAAAAUUGCUGACAUCUUCACUGGUGUGCGAAUGCUCCGUCAGGACCCCACUGAAUGCCUCUUUUCCUUCAUUUGCACCUCCAACAACCAUAUAUCUCGUAUCCAGGGCAUGGUGGAGAGGUUGUGUGAGGCCCGGGGUGAUCUGCUCUACCAGCUGGAUCAAACCUCAUACUACGACUUUCCUUCGCUGUCCGCAUUAGCAGACGACACUGUAGAGGCAUGCCUUAGAGAACUCGGUUUUGGAUACAGAGCUCGGUUCUUGCAACAGAGUGCAAAGCAGAUUUUAGACAACCAUGGUCACAAAUGGCUUGAAGGUCUACGCAGUGUCCCGUAUGUGGAGGCCCGUGAUGCUUUGCGUGCCCUCCCUGGAGUGGGCACAAAGGUAGCAGAUUGCGUAUGUCUGAUGUCCCUGGAUAAGGCAGACGCUGUGCCAAUCGACACGCACGUGUGGCAAAUUGCCAAGCGUGACUAUAAAUAUGCUGCUGCCAACGAACCCAAAAGCAUCACAGAAAAGCUUCACAAAGACAUCGGUGAUUUUUUCAGAAAUCUGUGGGGUCCUUAUGCCGGUUGGGCACAGUCAGUAUUGUUCUGUGCCGAUCUCAAGAAAUUCCAAAAGCUGAAAGAAACGCCACAUUUAAAAAGGGCAAAGGAAGAGUCCGACAAUGAAAGCACGUUAACAGGCAAGAGAGCAAAUAUUAAGACUGUUAAAAAUGGUACUGUAAAAAACAGGAAACCCAAAUCAGCAUGUCAACAAAAAGGAACGGUGUCUCUGAAGGAGGAGCAGGUAGUAUGACGUACUGUAUUUUUCUACAAUAUACAGUUUGAUACCGCAAGUGUGUGAAAUAGUACUGUAGUUUGGGUGUAUGAUUCAUGUAACCUCUGUUGUGUAAACUUUCCUUUGAAUUUAAAAAUUUAGCACCUGCUGAGUCUUUUUUUAAUAAAUCAAAAAUAGCAAAAUCUCAGUCCACAAACAGUUCUUUCUUGCUGAGAAAGCAGCAACUCCAGUAGAUUCAGAAGUGGUCUCUAGAUGGCAGUAUGCACUGGUAGAUAUGGCAUCCAUCCAUCCAUCCAUUAUCCUCACUAGAGUGGCAGGCAUGCUGAAGCCGUUUUUUUUUUUUUGGGCAGGAGGUGUGGUACACAGUGAACUGGUUGUCAGCCAAUCACAGGGCACACAUUGACAAACAACCUUUCCUGCUCACAGUCACACUUAAGGACAUUUUCGACUCUUCCAUUACCCUACCAUGCAUGUUUUUUAGAAUGUGGAAGGAAAUCUAUGCAGGCACAGCGAGAACAUAGCAAACGCCACACAGGAAGGCCGCGGCCGGAAUCCGACCCUUGACCUAUAUACUGUGAGGCUAACCAGUCGACACCGUGCCACCUAACUUUUACUACAGGAUGUUUCAUCCAUCUAUUUUCAACGCAGUCUGUCAUGACCAGGGUCGCGUGGCGGUCCUGGGGCCUAUCCCAGCUGAUUUCCGGUAGAAGGCAGACUAUACCUUGAACUGGUCACCAGCCAUUUGCAGGGCACAUAGAGAGACUAACAACCAUUCCCACCCACAUCCACACUGUCACUGAGUGUGAACCCAUCCCAUGCUACCCGCACACAAGUCAGGAGAGUGUACCACUUUAACAUCAGCGACCGGAAGAUAUUACCUUACACGUUAAUGUCACGCAUGGGUCAUUUGCUUGUCUAUUUUAAGCAUUGAAGAGCAAGUAGCGUAUUUUCACUGAGUGAGUGUAUUCUGCCAGUAUCCCUGCUAUUAAUACAUCGUGGCUUUUGAGCUCAUAUCUAAAACAGGUCAAGGGUUGGUGGCCUGCAUCUCAAUUAUGGGCUUUUCUAUUGAGUUUAGUGCAUGUAGUGUAGUGCAACAGUGUCCCGUGUUUAUUAGCAUUGGUUUAACUGUGUCAGCUGGCCUUUUUACAGCAGUGAUUGUUGCUGUCUCUGUCACUGUUUUGGUCUUUGUGUAAAAAAUACUGGCCUCUUUGCCACAUUAACAAUAUUCAGUAUAUUCCAUUUUCCCCUCGACUCAGGGAAUUCAGUGCAUCCCGAAUACAGUUUUGCAUAUGUUACGUUUAUGUGUGUAUUGUACUACCGUGGUUGCUCUUUCUAUGUUGAAGUGUGCACCCAUGUGUAUUUCAUGAAUAUGUGAGUCAGCGUUCAUGCGCACUCCAUUUAAACUGAACAUGAGCUGGGGGCCCUGCUUUAGGGUAGAGUCAGGCAAGAGAAGAACAGCACAGUGAAAAUUGAUUCAAAAGAGCAGCAUAAAUGAAACAAAAAGGGAGGGUUUGGUGGAGGUAUUAUACGCUGAGGCUGUGCACAUGAAUUUGAAAGGAAAGGCCACGUGCUACAACUUACACACAACACUGUGUUAUAUAAGUGAUGGGGCUCAGCUUAUGUUUUGUCCUUGGUUGUGCUCACGUGCUUUGUUUUACUGUGCUGAAUUCAUUUAAACACCAAGGGAUGUAACAAUUUGUCAUGCUCAAAUAAAGUAAAAGUCACACAGCACCGGUGUGUGUAUUAUGCUU